AUGUGGGGGUCCAAGCUCUCUGCUCUGCUCUCCGCGAUCAGCUUGACGGGGGUCCCCGCGACCGAGGUCGAAGUCGCUACUGUUGACAGUAACGUCAAGCAGGUCGCAAUCAUUGGAGCUGGAGCGGGUGGUUCUAGUGCAGCUUAUUACUUGCAGCAAUAUGCCGAAGCAGAGGGUCUUCCGGUCAAUAUUACCGUCUUUGAAAAGACCAAUCACAUCGGAGGUCGAACUUUGACUGUAGAGGCGUAUGACAACCCGCUCGAACAAGUUGAGCUGGGUGCCUCCAUCUUUAUUGAAGCCAACCACAUUCUCUACAAUGCUAGUCAUCGUUUCGGGCUUCCAUUGAAGGAGCCCGAAUCUGGCAGUGACGGUUUCCUGGGUAUUUGGGACGGAGAAAAGUUUGUCUAUACUCAGGAUGAUAGUUCCUGGCAAUGGUGGAACUUGGCCAAACUCUUUUGGAAGUACGGCUUGGCUCCUUACAAAGCGCAGAAGCUCGUUCAGUCGACAGUUGAUACCUUUCUCAAGUUGUAUGAGGCGCCUCACUUCCCUUUCAGAUCGCUCACUCAAAGAGCCUUCGAGCUGGAUCUUCUCAAGGCAACUUCUGUAACCGGAGAACAAUUUCUGGCCAACAAUGAGAUCGGCGAAUUAUUUUCUCAGCACAUUAUCCAAGCAGCCACUCGCGUCAACUAUGCUUCAAACUUGAAGUACAUUCAUGGCCUUGAAACCAUGGUCUCGAUGGCUCCGGAGGGCGCUAAGCAAGUUAUUGGCGGCAACUGGCAGAUCUUCGAGACGAUGCUUCGGCAUAGUAAUGCGACUGUCAACCGGAACACUCGGGUAGCUUCCAUUGAGCUCAAGUCCGGUCCCGCAAGCUCCAAAUAUUUGCUCUCGACUCAGAACACCAACUCCGAAGUUGUUGCCGAUGCCGAACAAUAUCCCGUCGCCUUUGACAAUGUUGUUAUUGCUAGCCCUUGGCAAUACAGCGACAUCAGCGUCGCCGAUGACUUGUUCCAGCAUAAGAUCGACGAAAUCCCUUAUACCAAGCUCCAUGUUACACUCUUUGCAUCCCCAUUCCGUCUGUCUCCUGAGUAUUUCGGUUUAGCGUCCGGGUCAAAGGCUCCUGACACGGUAUUGACAACCCUGACUCUGGACGAAGAAGCAAAGACUGGAGCCGAGGGCGCUGGAAAAGCCGGUUUCUACUCCAUUAGCACACUGAGAAUCGCUACGAACCCCAACACCCUUAAAGAUGAAUUUAUCUACAAGAUAUUUUCUCCUAACAAGGUCACAGCUGAAUUUCUUUCAGAGCUUCUUGGUGUUAAGGUACCUGAGAGUAUUGUACCAGAAAAGACUGCCGAGAGCAGUCAGAGCACUGUCGAUCCCAUCUCAUGGUAUCACCCGCAUGUCUUCAACUCGUAUCCUAUCGAAUACCCUCGCGUCACCUUCCAGGACCCUAUUCUAAGAGACGGCCUGUACUAUCUCUCUGGAAUUGAGAGUUUCAUCUCUUGCAUGGAAACCAGCGCGCUUAUGGGAAUGAAUAUUGCCAAGUUGAUUGCUGAGGACUUUGUGAGCUUCGCUAAGUCUGCCCAAGAGGAAGGGGAGAAAUUUGAGAAGGUUGACAUGGAUGAAGCUCAAGAGGUGCUUGGGCAAACGGAUGAAGAGGCUACCACUCCUGACGAGCUGUAG